GACGCUGUCGAUUAAAAAAGUUAAGCUAAGAUAAUGGAAACCGCAAAUAUCACAAGUUUUCCUCAGGAAAUUCUAGACCUUCUAUUUGAAUCUCUGGAUUAUCAAGAUCGACUGAGUUUGGCCCAAAGCAAUCAUUACAUCGGCGAAUCAUUUGCCAGCUUUUGUAAGCGGGAGCUGAAAGAUCUGGAGCUUACUGAAUGCAAAACUGAAAAUGAUUAUCUUUCUCGUGUGUUACCCAUUUGCGGCUCCGCUGUUAUGAGUAUAACUGCCGAAGAUGGUAGCUACCCAAUGCUACAAAUUCUUGAGCGCUACUGUACCAAUGUGAAAUCAGUUGUCCUGAAAGCAAGAUCUUUAUGGCCGUUUUACUUCAUACCCAACAUGAAGAGUCUGACGUCGGUGCAGUUGUGGAUGAGGCGGGAUGAGGAUGAUUUUUUAUACCCCGCCCUGCAGGAACUUCCUCACCUAACUAAUUUACAUCUUCUUGAUUUUUCCGAGAAAAACGUUCACAAAGUUCAGCGUUUGGUUAAUCUGGAGAGGCUGAGUCUUGAAAGAGGAAGAAAAGAGUGUCCAGUCGAUAUCAUGCAAAUAUGCCAUUUUCUAAAAAAACUUGAUUAUCUGUUCAUUGAGUGUGACGAAAUAUUUUGCGGGACUUAUUCUCAAGGAUCAACAUGUUCGGCUCUUGAAGAAUUUGAAUUGAUUGUCAAGAAGGUCACAGAUCUACCAUUUUUCCCAAAUCUGCGAAAAGUAUUUGUUUUAUCCGACAAAAGCUUCAACUGGAUUAAGUGGAUCACGAAAUACACGGAAAAACUCGAGUCAUUAUACAUCAGUAACAUUACUGAUAAUAUUGGCCUCCUCGAUAUGCUUGAAAGCUGCAAAGUUUUGCAUUAUUUAGCAAUAUUUAUAGAAUCUACUAAACUUUCCAAUGAAUAUUUGACCUACCUUGUUGAUGUCGCGCGUCGUAAAGUGGGUUCUUUAUCUUUGGAAGUGAAAACCAAAGAGGAAGUGGAUAAUUUAAAAAAACGGUUGGCAGAUAUCCCGAAUUCUGCUAUAUGCAAAGUAUAUAAACAUAGUGUUUAAUACGCAAAUUCGGGUAAUUUAUUUGUCAGUUAAUGCGAAACAUAAAAUUCUAAAACUAUUCUAUUGGCAGUUAAAAGGUUGCCUAAUAAACAUUUGUUUUGAAAAUAUAAAAAAAUUCAUGUUUGUUAAAUCGUAUGUAAAAACAAAAAAUAUUGUA